AUGGUCUUUUUAGAUGUCCCAUUCAAACUAGAGAAGGAGGAUGCCGAGGUGUGCCUCAUGACCUCUGGGAGGCUGCUGUAUGUUGUCUCCUGGGCUGUGGAUGAGAGUGGCGUUCCCAUGGCGCCCACUGCCCCACCACACAGACCCAGCUUCACCAGACCCAUAGCCAGCAGUCCCAAUGCAAGUAGGCUUGAAUGGAUCAGGGACCUUCAGUUUGACCCCAACCACCCUUCUAACACAGAACUCACAGAACUCCUUAGGGAGGCCUGUGAGCAGCGAGACAGAGCCACGGGUCACUUCCGCCUGCAUGCCCUGGAGGAGGAGUUUGACUUCACCACUGAGGAGCAGCUGGAGAAGUCCAGACGCUUUGGUCUCCUGCAGCUGCGGAGCUCUCAUGCUGUGGACGUCAGCCCCUCCAAACCCAUCCCUCUCCACGACAGAGACAUUACUGAAGCAAUGUUCGCUGAUUAUGGUGCAUUCCCAAGUCUGUCCCUUAUGGAUGAAGACCCUAUCACAAUGCAGAGAGCACGCUCUAUCCACUACAUACAAAAGGCGCUGAAUUUGGCAAGAGAAAAACUGUUGAACAUCAAGAGGAAGUACAAGUUCUCUGAUAUAGUCACCGAGUACCACGAGGCAGAUACGGUGAUGGAGUUCGACUGGGACGUGUUCAGACUAAAGCGACCUCUCCAGCCUCAGCGUGUGAAGAGGAAGAUCAUUCCUACCUGCUCCCUCUCAGACGGGGACCUGAGGAUCCAUGUUGCCAUCAACAAUGCCCAGGGCCUGCCUGUUCGCCAGGAGGCUUUCCUCAAGGAGAUCCACGCAAGAGGCUCCUGCUGUGGUCUGUCCAGCAGCAGCAGACACAACAUGAAAAGCAGCUCGGAAAAGGCUGUCGUACAGAUCCUUAGGGGGUGAUUAUAGCCACGCAGGCCUUUCCAAAGUACAAGACGACAUUGUCAUCAAUGUGUUUGAUGAGAUGUCCUUUCAAGUCAUUGAGGUACUGUAAGCCUCAACCAUGAAAGUACAAUCACUAUUCAAAGGCCACUUCAAAUCGCACGGUGAACUGGGAAAUCAACAUUCUGUCUAUCCCAUCUCCAUCCCUCCCUUACUCUCUUUUUUUUCUUUCAUCUUUUAUCUCACCUGUGUGAAACCCAGAGCAGUUCUCUGAGAGGCUGCGGAAGCCAGGUGUUCUCUGGCAGACAGUGGCUGGGCUCGGUCACCUUACCCUUCAGAUCUCUGCUGCAGCAAUCCAAGGUGUAUGAGAAACUGACCAUCUGUACCCCACCGACUCUACUGGGCUACAUGUGGACAGGGGAGGACAUGGUCAAUGACCAGGGCAUAGAGAUACCCGCGAGAAGAGAUACCAGUUUCAUGAAUGUCUUCAUCACUUUGGAUCCAGCCAUCUCUCUGAAUGAUGACCAGACA